GGGGAUCGUAGCGGCAACAAAAACAGCAACAAUAGCACGCAAAGUAGCUGCCAGCCGAGUGGCAACAGCAACAGCAGUGGCAGCGGCGUCGCACGUAGUGUGGCAACAACAACCACAUGCAAUAAAACAGCUGAUAGCGCAGCAGCAGCAGCAACAAAUAGAAACGAAAACUACAACAACAAAGCAGCGCCGCGCGCAUUAUCAGUCGAGCAACAACAGGUCUCUCAGUCUUCGUCUCCGUCGUCGCGCAAAAAAAAGCCCGCCUGCUGCCACCGCUGCAAGCAGCACUCACACACACGGAUAGACGACGGACACACGGAGAGAGACAGACAGACGGAGAGAGUCGCACACCUUUGCGUUGAUUUUGGACGAAGCGACAGCGUUUUGACGUCGCCUGCCUGCGCUCGCUGGCUCGCUCUCCACGCUCACAUUCUCGCUCUCUCUCGCACAAAGUGCAGCUGAGCUGCCGUUUGGACGCGCCGCUGCCGCACUUGCCGCUGCUCUUUCCUCUGCCACACCACACCACACACCAGCAGCCGCCAACCGCCAACCGCCAACCACCGCCACCGCCUCAGUCGAAAGUCAAAAGCAACGUGUUGUGGACGCUUUUUCGUCGUCGCGUUGCGUUCGCCUUUUUUGCUGCUGCCUCCUCUCUCUCUCUCUCUCUUCCUACUCUCCCACCACCACCACCUCCAGACGCAGCAGCAGCAGCAUCAGCCUGCACCUCCUACCCACCUCAGCCUCAUUGCACCUACCUCCAACACCGUACCACCGCACCACAACACCACGCAACCAGCCCCAUCAUUGAGUACAACCAGCAGCUGCACGGGGGAGCGGGUACAGGAAAACUUUCACCACGAUGUCCAGCAGCGCCGCAGCAGCGCAGCAGUACAAGCUCGAUGCCAACUCCAAUGCCAUAGUGCUGCCUCUGCCACUGCCACUGGCGCUGCCGCCCUCCCCAAUACCGACGCCAACACCUGUGGACCGCGUCGAAUGGUCGCGCGCCACCAUCCUGGGCUUCAUCGAGGACUACCGGUGUCAGCGGGUGCUGUGGGACCCCAACACAAAGGGAUACCACAUCAAGCAGACCAAGUACGAGGCCCUGAAGCUGCUCAGUGAGAAGUACGGCACGGAAAUUCGCUCAAUUCGUUCCAAGAUCAAGUCAUUGCGCAGCUCCUUCCACCGAGAGCACGGCAAGGUGCUUAGCGGGCGAAGCCGGGGCGUGCUGUACCAGCCCAUGUGGUUCGCCUACGAGGCCAUUCGCUUCAUUCUGGACGGAGAGCGAGACGGCGGCAGUGCCCUGGACGGAGACAUAACCGUAAUGACCGUCGACGGAGUGCACUGCGAUCCAGACGUAGACCCCGAGACGGAAGAGAAGUUGACGCUGAUGCACAGCCUGGAUCUGGAACAGCUGACUGCAGCGGCGACGGCAGUGGGCAAACAUCAACAGGCUCUUGAUCAGCAGCAGCACGAUCAGCUUACCGCCCGCAUCGCUGCCACUGUAGCUGCUGUGGCUGCAGCAGCAGCCAAUGUCAGGGAUCGCGACCGUGAUCGAGAGCGGGAGCUCAGCCUGGACAGGGAUGUUAAUGCCGAGGAAGAUCUCGACGAGAGCGGCGAUACAGGUGGUGGCUGCCGUCGUCCCCGCUCCUCAGAAACUGUGACACGUUCCUCCUCCGAUUUGGACGGAGAGAAUUACUGUAGAAUCAGCGCCGAAGAUGUGAAAACAGAAAUUAUAGAGCACGAAUCAGAGAUGGGCAUGCUGGACAGACAGAGCAGUACGCCCUCGCCCAUCAACUACUACAAGCCAACGGACCUCACCUACAAUCAUCGCAAGCGCAAGGCGCUGGACGAGAAUGGUGCUGGCGUGGUCCUGGGCAUGGAGCAUGUUGUGGGGGCGCUGACACUGACGCCCAUCAAGACAUCGUCAUCGCCGGCAACGGCUGCACAGGCACACUCGCAGUCGCAUUCGCAAUCGCAAUCGCAGGGGCAGCAGAUGAGCCACGGCCAGCUCGCGUUUCAUGCGCUGCAGCAGCACUUUAACCACAGCCACAAUUGCAACGGGCAACCGCAGCAGCAGCAGCACCACCACCACCACCACCACCAACAACCACAACAAAAUCAAGCGUUGCAGCAGCAGCAACAAACCCAGCAAAAACAUUCCACAAACAUGGCACAAAAACGUGAUCGUGAUCGUGAUCUCUCAGCCAGCAACAACCACAACCAUAACCACAACGGUUCCAGUUGCAACACGAGCAACACAUCCUUAGAGCUGGCCACAGGCACGGCCCUAACAUCGAGCAACAGCAGCUCUAGCAGCGGCGUCACACCGCCCAAGCAAACAGGAUUGAGUGCCAAUCAUGCGGAUGAGUACGGCGUAUUCGGGGAGUACGUGGCCAUAACCAUACGCAAACUUAAGACCUCAAAGUCAAAGAUUGCCGUCAAGCAUCUCAUAAACAAUCUGCUCUACGAGGCAGAGCUCGGUGCUUACGAUCAGGGCAUACCAUCCACCAAGGAGCCACCGCAGCUGUACAAAAUGCAGUAGCGAAUGGCAGAAAGGCAGAAAGGAGCAUAGCCAGUAGUAGUAGUAGUAGUAGUCCAAAUGGAGGUUGAAAUAGCAAAAGCAAAACGUAUAUAGAAGGGAUGGAGAGACAACGCACUAGUCAGCAAAGCAACAAUCGGGGUGGGGAGAAACUGGAAACCAGGGGGCGAGCAUUUCAUUCAGGGAAAAACAAAACAAAAACAAAAACAAACUUUAACAAACUAUCUACAAAGUCAGUCAAGCCGUGGCAAAAGAGAGAGGGAGUUGAAGAAGCAACAAACAUACCAUUAAAUAAAAUGAAUUAAUUAUAAAAUGCUUUACGUUAAACAUACAAAUGAAUGUAUAUCUUUAUGCCCCAUUAUCAUCGUUAUUCGAUUAUCUAUAUAUAUAUUUUGAUUUUUGAUUUUUGAUUUUUCGUUUUAUUACUUUGAUUUGUACUUUAUUUGGCAAUAACAAUUUGAACUCAGGUGCCUUUAUACAUAUAUUUUUGUAGUCAUUUAAGUUUUGUUAUCUUUAUGCAUAAAAAUCAAC